AUGGCAGCAACAUCCAAUCAUAUAACUUCCGUCGCACCCCCCGAAGGCAUCAUCACAUCUGUCGUCCCCAACUCGCCGCCAGUUUACGAUGCGCCUCAAAAUGGAGCCAACCAACAACUACUCAGCAGACUCAACCUAGAUCUAAGAGGUACAUUGUUUCCUGUGGAUAGGGAACAACUCAUGUUACUUCCUGAAAGUGUUUUAUUAGGUUUAUUCCCACAAGGUUUGAUAUUGAGUAAACCUGCAAGUUCAGAGGGCGCCGAUGAUGGGAUUUUCACCGUUGACGUGAGAUAUUUCCACGCUCAACAAACCAUGUGUCAAUCCGAUCCUGCAUUAGAUCAACAAUCCAAUCCUCUUUUAUCGAAACAAGCCAUAAUCGUACUUCGUGAAGAAUUGGAAUAUUUCAGUAUCACCAAACCCGGUGCUGAAGCUAGGACGAAUAUGAUGACGGGUUUGGCGAAUGAAGAAUUACGAGCAUUAAGACGUAAUUGUGGAAAAGCUUUGGUUAAAAAACGUAGAAUAUUCACUGCUUUACAAAGAAAUGUAAAUAAGGAAAAUAAUCAAGCGGAACAACAUUUGAUCGAUAUGCUUUGUAUGAGUGGGUUUGAAAGAGAUGACGAAUGGGGUUUUAGGGCAUGUGAACCUGCUAGAAAUGUCAUUUCAUCAAUGGCUCUGGUAUUACUUAAAACAGGUAUAAUUCAUCCUACUCCACCUGAUGCUCCACCGGAACAAUCUCAAGCUCCUUAUAUCGAUUUAGACCAAAUCAACACUGCUCAAAAAUUACUCUUGUUCUGGAGGAAACCGGCGGUACGUUUUUGUUUAUCAUUCUACCUUGCGAAAAUCCACUUCCUCUACCCAAGCCUUCACUGUGUGAGAGAAAGUGAUACUGAUCAAUCAGCGUAA